AACAAUAGUCUCACAACUGUUCCAACCAGAUGGACGCGACUACUCGAUGAACCGGUACUUAACGGCUGGUCUCUCUAUAAAUGCUUCAUCAAACUCCUUCGAAUCUUUCACACUCACACUUCAAUAUCAACUAAACAAAACAAAAACAAAAAACCAUGGAUAUCACUGAGUUCAUCGAGUUAAUUCCCGGGUUACCGAGUGAGCUCGGUCUCGAGUGUCUCACUCGCUUGCCCCACUCGUUACACCGAGUCGCGCUCCGAGUCUGCAGCCAGUGGCAAUGCUUGUUCCAGAGCGAUGAAUUCUACUCUCACCGGAAGAAAACCGGCCACACCAGAAAACUCGCCUGCUUGGUUCAAGCCCAAGAACCGCCACCGCACAAUGAAGAGAAACAGGCAAACGGGUCAUCGCCACCGAGCUACGGGAUAACCGUGUUCGACCCGGAGAGUUUUGUCUGGGACCGGGUCGACCCGGUUCCGGAAUACUCUUCCGGGCUGCCUUUGUUCUGUCAACUUGCGAGCUGCGAGGGGAAGCUUGUGCUGAUGGGUGGGUGGGACCCGGCGAGCUACGAGCCUCUCACGGCGGUGUUCGUCUACGAUUUCAGAACGGGUGAGUGGCGGCGAGGGAGGGACAUGCCGGAGAAGCGGUCGUUCUUCGCGACCGGGUCGGGUAACGGUCGGGUUUAUGUUGCUGGCGGGCAUGAUGAGAACAAGAACGCGCUGAACACGGCGUGGGCGUAUGACCCGAAAAAGGAUGAAUGGUUCGGGAUGGCUCCGAUGGGUCGGGAGCGUGACGAGUGCGAGGGAGCGGUGGUUGACGGCGAGUUCUGGGUGGUUAGCGGCUAUGGUACUGAGAGGCAAGGAGCGUUUGAUGGGUCAGCUGAGGUGCUGGAUAUUGGGUCGGGUCAGUGGAGGCGGGUUGAUGGUGUUUGGGAACCGGGUCGGUGCCCCAGGUCUUGCGUUGGAGUGGAGAAGAGCGGGAAGGUGGUGAAUUGGAGCGGGGUGGACCCGGGGCUCCGAUCCGGUGUUUGUGGUGUGACGGUCGGGUCGAGAGCGUUGGUGACUGGAUCCGAAUAUGAAGGGUCAUCAUCAAAUGGGUUCUAUUUGAUUGAAAUGGAGGAAGGGCAAAAGUGUAAAUUGAAGAAGAUGAGUGUGCCUGAUGGGUUUUCUGGGUUUGUUCAAUCAGGGUGUUGUGUUGAAAUCUAGUUAAUUAGUAGUUAGUGUAAGCAAAGUGAAGUGAGAAUAUGCCAUCUUCCACAAAUGGAAAGAAUGCUAGUUAAGUAGUUAUUUUGAUUACUUUUCUUUUUUUUAAAGUAAGUGGGAGGUUAGAACCUGAUUUUUUCUUUUUCCAGGUUACAAAACAGAUGCUGCUAAUGUUUUGUUUUGGAAAAGAAAAAAUGUUAAAACAUGUGAUAAAUUCAAGAUAUACUUCAGAAAAUGGAUAGACAGACUGUUUAUCUUUUGAAGAAAACUUUGGCAAUUUAGCAUUGUAA